AGAAGACUGUGUUGGAUUCUCCUCACUAUGAACACUGAGGAUCUGUAGGAGUGAUUCCAGAAGACUGUGUUGGAUUCUCCUCACUAUGAACACUGAGGAUCUGUAGGAGUGAUUCCAGAAGACUGUGUUGGAUUCCUCCUCACUAUGAACACUGAGGAUCUGUAGGAGUGAUUCCAGAAGACUGUGUUGGAUCCUCCUCACUAUGAACACUGAGGAUCUGAACUGCCACUAGCUCUGAUCAGACAGGAUGAAUGACAGACAGAGACAGAGAGGAGGGGUGCACACGGUGGAGGCAGAUGUCAUCUUCCACCACCCCAUCUGCUCGGACCUAGAGGACGGGGGUGUCUGUUCGCUCCCAAGGAAGCAGGAGGAGAACACUAAUGUUCCAGACCUGGGAUUCAUACUGGGCGACCAGGGACUCUGUCGACAGAGCACACCAGUUACAAAGGAGUACUUGUUGGAUGGUGGUACGGUGAUUGGGCAUCAUCACUUUGACAGUCCACAGGGUGAUGGMUCACACAUCUCAAAUACAGAUCAGUUUCACAUUACUGAUCCUUCUCAUCAAGCACAUACAUCUCACAUACCCAAGCUUGAUGCUGGUAAAGACCAGAACUGUACUCAUGGCAGAAACGGUAUCAGUGAGGAUAUGAAUGGAGCGAGGGAAAAAGUGCCCUGCAGUGUGGGUCCCUCUCUAUGCUUCAAGGGAGAGGCCAGAGAGGAAGCGGAAGGGUCUCUGUCCCUCUGUAGAGAGAGCAUAGUGAGGAGUCAGUGUCACAUCACAAACGUCACUGACUCCCGGGAGCAGGGGACCGCUGCGCCUGACACUCAUUGUAUCACCACGGGCAACCAGCCAACCAUACAAGAGCUGGGGUGCUUGUUCAGCCACAGCUCUCCCACAGAAUAUGACACAUUGUAUGGACAGUCAGGGCUUGAGUCGAACCAAGGACACAGGGGCAGUAGUGGCAAUGGUGGCGUCAGUAACACAACGCCUAAAGAGGAGACAGAUUUAGUGAUUGAAGUCGGUGGCCAGAAAAUCAGUGUUCACAAGUCUGUUCUGGCAGGGAAGAGUGACUAUUUCAAGGCUCGUCAGUCAAGAGACAUCCUAAAAGUGAAAGGGCUGAACUACAAGACCCUGACCAUCCUGAUAGACUAUAUCUACACCUCUCAGAUGAAUGUGCACAAGGACAAUGUGGUAGAGGUGAUUACAGGAGCUAAGAUCUUACAGAUCCCAUGUGCUGUCCAGGCUGCUAUGGAUACUAUGUCAGAGCAGGUCACAGCAGAGAACUGUUAUGAGAUUCUAACUAUCGCCAAGAAGCAACGACUCAACGAACUGAAAGAGACGGCCUAUCGCUUCAUGAGUGACAACUUCCUCCAGAUCCUGCAGGACCCAGCAGUGUACGGGCGUCUGACGGGGUCGGAGAGGGAUCUGGUCCUGAAGAAGAGAAUGGAGGGGAAGAGGUCCCUGAUGGUUGCUGAGAUCAACGAUGUGUUUGACCGUGUCGGGAGCCGACCUCAGAGUCGGUGUAACAGUCGACCACAGAGCCCUCUGUCCGUGGCAUCCUUCGAGGAGAACCACAUGAUUUACUACUUCAACGAGGCAGCCAAUGACUGGAGACCUCUGACUCUGAUGCCGGAGGACAUUAACACUAAGGGCUGUGGGAUCUGCACCUUGUACAACUACCUGUUUGUGGCCGGUGGGAUAAAGGGAUAUGGGGAUAAGGGCAAGGUCUCAGACAAGGUGUUCUGUUACAACCCCAUCAUUAACCGCUGGAGCGAGGUUCGACCACUCAACCAGGCGCGGUCGCAGCUCAAGCUAGUGUCUAUGGAGGGUAACUUGUACGCCAUAGGAGGGGAGUGUUUGUUCACAGUAGAAAAAUACGAUCCUCGGACUGAUAGAUGGACCACAGUGGCUCCCUUACCCAAAGGGGCGUUCGCUGUGGCCCAUGAAGCCACCACCUGUAAUGGAGAGCUCUACGUCUCAGGAGGGUCUCUGUUCUACCGUCUCCUAAAAUACGACGCCAAGAGGGACGAGUGGCAGGAGUGCCCCUACAACAACAGCAGGAAAAAGUCAACCGACAUGGUGGCUCUGAAAAGCUUCAUCUACAGGUUUGACGUCAACCGUGACCAGGGGGUCACUGUGUUCAAGUACGACACCAUAGUGAAAAUGUGGCAUGACUGCGCGUCGCAGCGGCAGGGCAGCCCUAUGCCGUUCAGGUGUGCAGUCAUCGGAAACUGCAUCUAUUGUGUGAACAAGACUCAGACUCUGCAGUUUGUGGUGGAGGAGGAUGGCUCUUACUUUGUAGAGGAACCACUCAAGCCACCACUGGAAGCUAAGGGCAUACUGUUCCCUUUCAUCCUCAGUCUACAUGAGAAGACUGACGGAUUAAUGUGAUGUGACCAUGGAUCACUGAUGGUACGUUACAGAUGCCCAUCAAUCUAAUAUAGUGGGCCUUAAAAUAAGAUGAACAUUUUUCACCUUUAUUUUYCCCUGUCCAGUGUACCUGCUCGUAAUGGAAUGUGUUUCUUUGCAUGGUGAGUUAACAGGACAAGCCUUAACAAGGACUACUUUUACAUGUUGAAUGAGUGCAACCAGAAAUGCAUCUGACUCUACAUAAUGAGAUAAUGACACACAUAGUUGUUUUUGUUUGUUGUUGCAUUUCCCUGUGUUCAGUUUUGUAUUGUGUACUUUUGUAAUUGCAGAUAGUUAGAAUAGAUAUUGUUUUGAAUAUUGUUUGCUGGCUGGUGGCUUUUAGCCAAAAAUCAAACCGCAGAGUUGGAAUAGUCUGAAUGAGGGGACAGUUGAAGUAUGUUCUAAGUGACUGACACAGCUGGCAUGCACAAGUCCUAUACGCAAAUGACACAAGCGAAUCCAUAAA